AUGGCAUCCUAUGGUCAGUUGAUCAGUAGUCCUUUGGUAGGUGCUACUCGACAUACUCAUCGAUUACCAUCAACAACUACGGGUAAUAUAAAUUCUGAUGGAGAAAUUAUCAACAAAGUCGUACGUGACCUUGAAACGAAAGUUCAAGAAUUAGAAGACGGACAAUCAUGUUCGAUUUGUAUGGAACGAGCACGAAAUGUCGCUUUUCUAUGUGGCCAUACCGCUUGUUCAAAUUGUGCUCAUCCAUUGAAAACCUGCCAUAUCUGUCGAAAGCCUAUCACGAAAAAAAUUAAUCUUUAUUCUUAA